ACAGGACAUUCUUUCUCUACGACUGAGAUAUGAUCAUCUUAAUUUACUUAUUUGUCUUGCUAUGGGAAGAGGCUCACGGAUGGGGAUUCAAGAAUGGAAUUUUUCAUAACUCCAUAUGGCUUGAACAAGCAGCAGGCGUGUACCACAGAGAAGCACGGUCUGGCAAAUACAAGCUCACCUAUGCAGAAGCGAAGGCGGUGUGUGAAUAUGAAGGUGGCAGUCUUGCCACCUACAAGCAGUUAGAGGCAGCCAGAAAAAUUGGAUUUCAUGUCUGUGCUGCUGGGUGGAUGGCCAAGGGCAGAGUUGGAUACCCUAUUGUGAAGCCAGGGCCCAACUGUGGAUUUGGAAAAACUGGUAUUAUCGAUUAUGGAAUCCGUCUCAAUAGAAGUGAAAGAUGGGAUGCAUAUUGCUACAACCCACAUGCAAAGGAGUGUGGUGGUGUGUUUACAGAUCCAAAGAGAAUUUUUAAAUCUCCAGGCUUCCCAGAUGAGUAUGAUGAUAACCAAAUCUGCUACUGGCACAUUAGACUCAAGUAUGGUCAGCGCAUUCACCUGAGUUUUUUGGACUUUGACCUUGAAGAUGACCCAGCUUGCUUGGCUGACUAUGUUGAAGUAUACGACAGUUACGAUGAUGUCCAUGGCUUUGUGGGAAGAUACUGUGGAGAUGACCUUCCAGAAGACAUCAUUAGUACAGGAAACGUCAUGACAUUGAAGUUCCUAAGUGAUGCUUCAGUGACUGCAGGAGGUUUCCAAAUCAAAUACGUCGCAGUGGAUCCUCUAUCCAAAUCCAGUCAAGGAAAGAAUGCAAGUACUACAAGUACUACUUCUACUGGAAAUAAAAACUUUUUAGCUGGAAGAUUUAGCCAUCUAUAA